AUGGAGUCGCGCAGGAGUGUAAAUUUCACCUUGGCAGCCCUCAAGUCCCCAAGGAUUAAAAGGAAGUACCUGCGCAAGUACUCAUGGCUCCCUGAUGUAUUACGAGUGAAAGGCAGCAUUAUUGGUCGUAUAAUUGGUCCAGUUUUGACUGUCACCAUAUUCGCAGCGUUGGUCGCCUAUGCAUGGUCCAAAGGGAAGAGAGUGGCGUUGACAAAUUCGGUGGUGCCGCUGUUGUCUGUGGUGGUUGGUUUGAUUCUCGUAUUUAGAAAUGGCACUUCAUACGACCGUUACUGGGAAGGUCGAAAGUGCUUUUCAUCCAUCACGUCUAACGUUCGCAACCUGUCUCGUAACAUUUGGGUUAAUGUCUCGCUGCCUCCCACUGAAAACCAUCCCGCACACACGUCAGAAGAUAGAAACUCUGCAAUAUUGCGUAGCUUUUGCAUAUGCUGUCCAAACAUUACCUUCGCGAUGAAGACGGGCCCAGUUAUGAGGACUACGCCGGUAUCCUUCCCGCCUCGUUCACGCGAUUCGACGAUCUUGGUUAUAGCACGCGUCAAGGAAGCUCCUCUCCUACUUCCUAUCAUGCUACGACGCCAGUUGUGGACAGAACAAAGCAACAACCCUGAUGCCACGAAGAGAAUUCGUCCGAAGCGCAGCAAGAAGCAGCUCGUGGCUCAUACCACCGCGUCAGGUUCAACCACCCCGCUGCUUUCGGACUCUCAUCAAACUGUUGAGUUUCAUCCUUACGCUGAUCGAAUGUCUAUGCCAUUUCCCCUCAUUAUCGCUCAUGAGCUAUCCAGUGCCAUCUUCAGGUUUAAGCGGGAAGUCUUGGUGCUAAUUUUGUGCCGAUACCAGGCACUGAAUGCCAUGAGUGGGAUAGUGCAAUCGAUGGUCGACCAAAUGACUUCGAUGGAGAGGGUGGCGAAUACCCCUAUACCCGCGCCUUAUGGAAUCCAUCUAAAGCAAUGUGUAACCUUAUACCUGUUUGCCUUGCCAUUGACCCUCAUCAGUGACCUCGGCUGGAGCACAAUCCCCAUCGUUACUGUGGUUGCGUUUACACUGAUGGGCAUCGAGGGUAUCGCAGAUGAGAUUGAGAUGCCUUUUGGACAUGACCCGCACGACCUGCCUCUUGACACUUACUGUGACGACUUGAGAGAAGAGAUAGAGUUUAUGAUCGAAAGGCUUCCGGAGGGGGGACACGGUGUACUUGGUUACGAUGACGGGGAAGGCGAUGAUUGA